GCGGAAGUGAUCAAGUAGAGAAUCCUAUGGAAAAAGAGUGGAAAAGAUAUAAAAAUAGCCAGUUUCCCAUUAAGUUCCUAAGUCUUUCUUUGUGAACAAUCAACUUCCACACUUCAGAUAUCAAUUCUGCCCUUAACUCGCUGAAUCGAAUCUAUCACUCCACCUCGAACAAGAUACAUCACUCUUGCCAUCUCAGUCUUCACAACAGCAUUCAUGUUUAAGUCCGCGAUUUCACUCCUCGGUCUUGGGCUCAUCUACCUCGCAAGAGCCCAAAACGCAACAACCCAAAAAAUCGGCUGGACUGGAACCCUUUCCUCUCUCGACGGCGGCUUAGGAGGAGUAGUAACUGUGACUAACGCAAUGACCCUCACUAUCUCUGAUUAUACGCUCAAGGAUGCCAGCGCUCCCGCUCUCUACUGGUGGGGCGCAACCAACGGGGUUCUCGCUGACGGCUUCCGUAUUUCCAACACCCACGUCACGCAAGCCGCUACUUCGAACAUGGACACCAUCAACCUGGAUGCCGGCAAGACGACAGCGGAUUUCACCACCGUUGGCUUGUGGUGCGAGCAGCUGAAGGCCAACUUUGGACAAGCAACAUUGGCAGAGCCAGGCGCAGGCACGAGCGCUGCGUCUGCUGGGUCCACGAUGAGUUCUACUGGAAGUGCACCAGCCGCAACCAGUUCAAAAUCCGGUACGGAUUCUGUUGGGGUUCCAUAUAGCGCACUCGCAAUGACCCUUUUGGCUGCUACUGUCUUUGCGAUUAAGAUGGGUUAAGCUGGACUUCGCAGGAAUUUGGAAGAUAUGGAAGGUUUCUCAAACUGUUGAGUCCGCAGCGUGUAGGACGUGGCCUAUUUUGAAGUGCCGGGGGGCAAAAAGGUCUCGCUUGUUUCUCUUUACCAUAUUGGCUUCUGCUUCAGGGAACCUUAUUUCAUUGUGGAUAGGCUUUCCAGAUAUCCUUUCGUCAGCUUCUAGGGGGUUGAGGUGUGUAUUUAAUCGCAACGAUAGGGCAUUAAUAAGCCACCAACUCCUCACUGCUCUCUACUCUG